CCAGUGGGUGAGAGGGAACCCAGAGUAAAGAUCCCAUAUGUCUCCUUCUUGCAUAGUCUCUGGAAUUUUCUUCCACCAUCUGAAUCUCCUGUGAUGGAUUCAAUCCCAAAGACUUUCAUGCCUGAUGGAUCACCACCGUGUGCCUCCCGAAAGUGCGUGGUACGGAAUAUUUGUAUUUGCCUUUGUUGCUCUCCUUGUGAUUAAUGAUGUUACAUUUGUGUUCGCCAAACCUGACCCUCAAGGGACGCAUGGUUCUGCCAACAUAUAGGAGGCCACAGGGGCAGAUGAGCCCAUAGAUCACAAAGGGAGUGCCAGAGUUGAUAAACUGCUUAAU